ACCAAGUGGCGAAAUUACAAAUCUCAGCGUCGGCUGCUUCGUAACGUCACCGUUUUUGGAAACGCAAUCCUCAUUCUUCCGUCUCACCGGAAUUUUCUGGCUUUUGUCUACUUUCCUCCGUCGCCGGCGCUCGCCAAUCUGAGCUCGUCCUCCGAAUUUCAUUCAUCAUUCAUCUGAUUGACUUAUCCGGAACACAUUCAUCCCAACUAUAUAAAAGAGGAAACCAAAAUGGUUUCGUUUUGUUAGACUUCUACUCCACAUAGUACGUACGUUAGGUAGACAGUGCUAAAAAGGCAAUGGGGGAUGGCAGUUCCACCAGAUCCAACAGCUCGAGCAGCAGUAGCGAGAAACCAGAGUGGCUGCAACAGUACAAUCUCGUUGGUAAGAUUGGUGAAGGGACUUAUGGUCUUGUCUUCUUGGCUAGAACCAAGACCCCGCCCAAAAGGCCAAUCGCCAUCAAGAAGUUUAAGCAGUCAAAAGACGGAGAUGGAGUUUCCCCUACUGCGAUUCGAGAGAUCAUGUUACUCAGAGAGAUUUCACAUGAGAACGUCGUGAAGCUUGUGAACGUCCACAUCAAUUUCGCAGACAUGUCUCUGUAUCUUGCCUUUGAUUACGCCGAGUAUGAUCUCUAUGAAAUCAUCAGGCACCACAGAGACAAAGUCGGGCACUCGUUGAACCAGUAUACAGUCAAGUCUUUGCUCUGGCAGCUUCUCAACGGAUUGAACUAUCUCCACAGCAAUUGGAUCAUACACAGAGAUUUGAAGCCGUCGAAUAUCUUGGUUAUGGGUGAGGGAGACGAACAUGGGAUAGUGAAGAUAGCUGAUUUCGGGCUUGCACGGAUAUACCAAGCUCCGCUGAAACCGCUGUCAGAUAACGGAGUUGUGGUAACAAUCUGGUACCGUGCGCCUGAGCUGCUUCUUGGCUCAAAGCACUACACGAGCGCCGUAGAUAUGUGGGCGGUUGGAUGUAUAUUCGCAGAAUUACUGACUCUGAAACCGUUGUUUCAAGGAGCAGAGGCCAAAUCGUCUCAAAACCCUUUCCAAGUAGAUCAGCUCGACAAGAUAUUCAAGAUCUUGGGUCAUCCGACGAUGGAGAAAUGGCCAACGCUUGUUAACCUUCCGCACUGGCAAGCCGAUCUGCAACACAUCCAAGCUCAUAAAUACGACAGUGCGGGACUCCACAACGUGGUUCACCUAAACCUGAAAAGCCCUGCUUAUGAUCUCUUGUCCAAAAUGCUGGAAUACGAUCCUCUGAAACGGAUCACGGCCUCACAGGCACUGGAACACGAGUAUUUCCGGAUGGAUCCUCUUCCGGGAAGGAACGCAUUUGUAGCCUCACAGCCGAUGGAGAAGAAUGUGAGUUACCCGACUCGUCCUGUGGAUACAAACACGGAUUUCGAAGGCACGACGAGCAUUAAUCCGCCACAAGCAGUAGCAGCAGGAAACGUAGCGGGGAACAUGGCAGGAGCUCAUGGAAUGGGGAGUAGAUCGAUGCCAAGACCAAUGGUUGCACAUAACAUGCAGAGGAUGCAACCUCAAGGCAUGAUGGCUUAUAACUUCCCGGCUCAGGGAGGGAUGAACCCGAGUGUUCCGAUGCAGCAGCAGCAGCAGCAGCGAGGGAUGGCUCAACCACACCAGCAGCAACAGCUAAGAAGGAAAGAUCCCGGAAUGGGUAUGUCUGGUUACGCACCUCCUAACAAGACCAGACGUCUCUAACUGAGGCCUUUACAUUUUUAAUAUUCAUCCAGCUAGAAAAGAACAAUCAAGUUUCGAAAUCAUAUUUCAAGUAGUAAGAUUUAUUGUUAUAUCAAUAACAUAUUGAUUCAAUUUAUCUUUUUUUUUUUA